GCUAAGUUGUGCUGCUUAGGGAACAGUGUGACGGGGGACGUUACCGAGAUAUGAGUAACAGGUGCAUCUCGAUAUGGACGAUUUGGGACACAGGAAUAACACAGAAGGAAACGAGGAUGAUGGAGAAGACACGGUUUUAUCUGUUUUCCCCUAUAGAGAGGAGGACGAGGGGUUUAUAAAAGUGCCCGGUGAUGUGGAGGAGAAUGAGGAGGAGGACAUGGAGGCAGGAGCAGGUCAGACAGAGAAGAAAGCAUGCUCUGGCCUGGGCCUUGUCUACACUCUCCUAGCCUCCCUCUUCUUUUCGGUCGCUUCUCUUCUCGUGAAGAAAAUCGACGGAAUUCAUGCCGUGGAAAUCAGUGCCAUUCGCUGCUUUUUCCAGAUGCUGUUCGUCAUGCCAGCCAUGAUCUACUACAAAAUUGAUUUCCUGGGUCCCCAAGGCAUGCGAGUGUACCUGUUUCUCCGAGGUUUCCUCGGAUCGAACGCUAUGAUCCUGCUGUACUACGCUGUGCUCCAGAUGCCCCUGGCUGAUGCCACCGUCAUCACAUUCAGCAACCCUGUCUUCACGUCCUUGCUGGCUUGGAUCUUCCUGAAGGAGCGCUGCACUCUAUGGGACGUCGUUUUCACCAUGUUCACCCUCACCGGAGUUGUCCUGAUAGCGCGGCCACCCUUCCUCUUCGGGCGCGAGUUCUCUGGCUUCGAGAGCAACUACGGCAACCACAUAAAGGGUACCAUAGCUGCGUUCUCCAGCGCCAUUGCAGCAGCAUGCACCAUGGUCAUCUUGAGGAAGAUGGGCAAGAACGUGCACUACUACCUCGCCGUCUGGUAUUACGCUCUCCUGGGUUUCAUAGAGUGUAUCGUGGUGUUGUUCGUCAUAGACGAGUGGGCCGUACCAUCGUGCGGCUGGGACAGGUGGAACCUGAUGGCCAUCGGGGUCCUGGGCAUUGGCGGCCAGACCUUCCUAACCAAAGCACUGCAGGUGGAGAAAGCCGGUCCUGUGGCUCUCAUGAGGACCACGGAUGUGGUGCUGGCCUUCAUUUUGCAAUUCCUCUUCCUUAAUCGCACACCCACUUGGUGGAGCGUCGGAGGAGCGAUGUGCGUCAUCAGCAGCACCACCGGAGUGGCGAUCAGGAAGUGGUUCAACAGUACAAAGCAGAGAACCUGAGUACAAAAUAAUUUCACAUUUUAUUCCAGGUCAGCAAAUAUGUAUUUUUGACACACUCUGUUCUGAACUCCUACUCUGAUUGAGUAAGAUAUAUAUAUAUUUUAUUAUUAUUGUUAUUAUUAUUAUUAUUAUUAUUUAAAUGUGAUAUUAUACAAAAUUUUGUUUGGUAGAUGUUUAUACCAAAGAUCCUAGACCUUUUAUGCAUUAGAAUCUGUUACCUAUAAUCUUGAACUUUUAUACAUAAUUACAACCACUUAGCUUUCUAUUUAGGGAUACAUGCAUAUAUUUAUUUUUUAAAUUAAUCAAGAAUAUCUUAUAUUUAUUAGAAAUGUAUUACUAUAGACUGCUGGCCAGAACAUUAUUCUGAAGGUUGUAAGCUGCCUCACCAAGGCAUCAUUAUUAUUAUUAUUAUUCAUUUUUUAAUAUUCAUUUAUAAUUCAUUAUUCAAGUGCCAUGAAACAUCAUGGACGCGCCGGCUGUAUUUUAUGAUUAAGAUUUACUCCAGCACUUCCCUGGAAAUUAUGAACUUGACUUAAACUUUGUCCCAGUUUUACUGCACAAGCAUUAACAAGAUAAAUAUUGAUUUUAUGCAUUUAUUUAUUUAAGUUAUUGCACAAGACUAAAAUGAUGCAUUUUUAUUAGGUGCUAAUAUGACCCCUUCUUGCCCCUGUUUGAUGGUUUAACCCUAAUUAAGAACACUGUAUCCUUCGUUUAUGGAUUUAUUUCAUUUUAGAAAGCUUAUCGUGUUUAUCUAACAAUGAAGCAUUCAGCAGUGACCGAGUCAAAGUUCAGUAAAGGCACUCACUUGUUCCAUGCCUUAAAACAUCACCAGGAUAUCUGUUCAAAUCCAUCCACUUGUCAGUUUUUUAAACUUUGACUUUAAAUAAAUUCUUCUGUAGAUUUUA